UGUGAUGCUUUCCCGGCUAGCUUCUUGGUCAACAUUCAUACCAUCUAAUACAUGCGCAUAUCAUUGCUCUUCGUACCAUAGCUUGCUUAUUCGUCAUCAUGGUAUGUAAAAACUGAGUGUUUCUCAAUUUUCUGCUAAUCAAGUAUGAACUCAGGCCAAACCACUUUCAGAUGAAGAAAUUGCUAUUUUCAAAGAAGCGUUCGAUGCAUACGUACGUGUCUAUACCAGCGAUGAGUUAGUGAUUUUGGGAAUUAGAUGCUAAUAUUAUCAACAGGACACGGAUAAAGGUGGUAAGUUGUUUGAAGCGACGUAUUGUGGUACUUUGAGCUAAUCACUAUUCCAGGUAACAUUACGGUAGAGGAAUUCGGCCAUGUGAUGAAAGAGGCUGGAAAAGAUAUAAGUGAGGAAGAACUUGCACAGAUCAUAAAAGAAGUUGACAUCGAUGGUGAUGGUACCAUAAAUUUCGACGGUGCUUAUGACCUCAUGAAGUUUUUACAUUAUGGAGUGACAUUUACUAAACGAAUUUAGAGUUCAUUGCAAUGAUGACCGGCCGAACGAGACAAAAGAAGGAAUAUCUUAAGCUCAAUGAGGAUGAUUUGCGGGCAGAGUCUGCACCAAUUCCUGUAGCAAGUGAAGAAGAUGUCAACUUCCGAGAAAGUUUUGAAGAAGAUCCAGAAGAAGAGUGGAAAUCUGCAUGGAAGGAAUUUGAUCCUUCCCUCAAUGGUUCCAUUACUGCGGCGCAAUUGAGACAGCUCUUUGGAAAUUUAGGAGAGUCUAUAACUGAUUCGGAGAUAGAUAAUGAUAUAAUGAAUUCGGUUGACGCGGAUGAUAAGAUUAGUUGUAAGCAUUCCACAAUUCUACACGCCGAUGUGCUCCUAGUGGGAGGGAGAAUUACUGACCUUGCAUUAGAUAGGGAAUUUGUAGAGUUUAUGAACGAAAGAUCCUCGGCGGAGAUGGAUAUUUUCAACAGUUAUUAGGAAGGCAGGACAAUGAUACUUUUUGAUGCAUACCCUUCCCGUGUGAGAACACGGACAGGCCGAUGGAUGAUUGGAUUUCUAGACUUUAAUGUCUUCCAUGUGGGAAAGAAGCAGCGAUCUAUAUGUCGGAUGCUCUGCUUCAUGUACCUGUUGAAUUCAUUUGCAACCAAGUAAAAACUUUCUUUUUGGGUAGCCAUUGUUCGUGUCGUGGGAUUCGCUUUAGAUGACCAGCAAUGUGAAAUUAGCAUGGCAUGGAAAGAACUUUGAUUUCCGAGUUGGUACUCAUGUUUUUGAAGUGGGUUACUGUAAUCACAUUGGCUCGUUUUAUCAUUGAGUAAGGUAGUUGUCCUGUCUUGGAGUUUUCUCAAAGGGCCUACUGGCAUCGGCUACAUGCGUAAUACUGAGAUAGUGCCACUAUCAAGUCUUCAGCAUUGAGAAUAAUACAAGGAUGAAUUUGGCA